UAAAACCCCCCACCUCCUUCUCUCUUCCUCUCUCUCUCUCUCUCUCUCUCUCUAGAUGUCACGAACCCCAUUCUCUCUCCUCAUCCUCAGGCGCCUCUCCCCUCCUUCCCCGACCCCUAGGCCCCGCCCCCCCUCCGCCGGCCGGCGCUACUCCUCCGCCUCCCCCUCGGCUCCCUCGCCGGAGCCGCCGCCGAAGCCGUCCAACCUCUCGGCUCGCCUCAGCUUCGUGUUCGACCAGAUCGACGCCAUCGAGAAAGAGCGGGAGCGGUCUCAGAAGGACGAGACCCUCCAGCGGAUACGCGCCUGGCGCGAGGCGAAGGGCGGCGGCCACGUGCCCCGGGGCGCGGGCGCCGAGGCGGCGGCGGCGGAACCGGGCCCGCGCGGGGCGUCGGGCUUGGACGGCGGCGAUGGUGAGGACGAGGGCUCGAGGGGGGAGGAGGUCGGUUCGCCCGAGAGCGGAGCGAGUGGUUCGAGAGGAGGGGAGGCGGUGAAGGAGGUGGAGCUGGUGCAUCCGUGGAGGGAGUGGGUUGAGUUGAUGGAGAGGCUGGUGCAGCAGAAUUACUUUGAUCAUAGGAGGAAGGAUGAGGACAGGAUGGUGCGGGAAUCGGGGUUCGAGGUCGGAGAUAUCCCGGAGGAGCGUUUCGAUGGUAAUGCCGAUCUCAAGACUGUUCAGACCGCUUGUUUGAAUUUUGGGAAAGACCGGUUCGACAUCUUGAGGUCAUUGUCGAGACAGGACAUUCAAAUUCUUGUUGGUUACGGAUGCCCUAGUGCUGACAAGAAGGUGGUUAUGGCUGCCAAACUAUUGAGAAAGCAUGUGCACCUUGAUGAAGGAGAUGUUUGUAGUUCCUGCAAUCUGAGGAGCUCCUGUGAAAAAGCCUAUCUUUUAACCAACAAAGAGGACGAGGCGCGUACAAUUGAUGUAGUGCGAGUUCUAUCUACAUUCGGUCUUGAUCAUGCCCAUGGCUUAGUGACAAAUAAAUCUCUUCUGAAGCAAAAAUCUGUGAAAAUUGUUGUCCGCAAGUUGCUUCAUCAGAUCAUUAAGUUGAGUGCAGUUCCUAUUGAUCCAAACCUUCCCCCUCCAGUUAUCAAAAGACCUCCACCGAAGGUCAAACAACCUCCACCAACUCCGAAGAGACGAGUUGGACGGGAUGAUGUAGAAAUGAAGAAAGGAGACUGGUUAUGUCCUAAGUGUGACUUCAUGAAUUUCGCAAAGAAUACAGUGUGCCUACAGUGUGAUGCGAAGCGUCCAAAGAGACAGCUGCUUCCUGGAGAAUGGGAAUGCCCGGAGUGCAACUUCUUAAACUACCGGAGAAAUACGGCCUGCUUCCAUUGCGAUUGCAAGCGCCCACCUGACCAGUUCAUGGAAGACAAAUUGCAGGAAAGACGUCAGAAUCCAAGGACAAGGUUGGAGAGGACUGCCAGCCGCCCAGAAGUCUCUAAUGCAUGGAACUUCGAUUUUGAUGAUGAUGAAUCUGAUGGAGCAGAUGUUGCUGCUUUUGAGUAUGCAGACUCGACAAUGAAGGGAGAAGAUUCUUCUUUACAUAGCCUGGAGCAGGGAAGGAAUCAUCGAGGGUUUGAAGAUGAUUUUCAUCGCAAUAAUAAAUUCCCAAGAGUUGGUAACAGAGAAUAUUCUGAUUCCGAUCACGGUUCUCGUGCCGGUUUUGAUGAUUUUGAUGAUGAGGAAGAUGACGUGGACAGUUACGAGCUAGAAACACGGAAUAAUCAAUCGGUUAGGAAUGGGUCCUCGAUAGAUUUUUCUGAGGUUGAAGGGGACUCCGGGUCUGAAGAUGGAGACUUGGACAAGAAAUCACUUGCUCGAGAAAAACCAAGGUCACUCUCGCCCAAUAGGCCAUUGAAACCUUUACGUCGUGGGCGCUCUGUUCCUGGUUCAUAUGAUGACGAAGUUGAUUUUGAUUCUGAGGAUGAGACUUCGGUCCGUCCUAACUGGAGAUCUAGUCACGUUGCGGAUUCUAGAAAUAGAGGCAAAAGUAGAAGUCCUCCAGGUAAAUUCAGGGGAUUGAGCUAUGGCUCAGAUGAAGAAGCUGGGCUGUAUUCAGAUUCAGCUGAUGAUUCGGAUGAGGACCAACGGAUGCGGAGAAGUAAAGCGGGUAAAUUUUCUGAUAAAGUAGUACGUCAGAGGAAUUCUCGACUUUCUGGCUCCGAAUCAGAUGAUUAUACAAGUUCCCAUGGAACCAAGUUUAGAAGAAAAGGCACAUAUCCAAAUAGAACAGGGAGCAAAUUUGAUGGGCGUGGCUCGCGUAGUAAUAGGAGCAACUUUUCGGAUGACGACUUCGAUAGGCCGUCAAGAGGAGCACGUGGAGGUAUCAAAAGUAGAGGACCUCGAGCGGAUGAGUUCAGUGGGCGGAGGAAUGAUCGAAGAUCGGAUGGUCCAAGGAAUUAUAAGAGUCCUCCCAGAGCAGGAAAAUUUGAGAACAACCAGCUUGGAAGGUUUAACAAAUACAAGGAUAACAGGGGCGGCGGUGGCGGUUCUGAUGACUUCAGAAACCGAAGGCGUGUAAUCGAGCGAUGAUCUCAGUUUACGACUUACGACAGAUAUUAACUGAAUUCACGUAUGCAUGCCGUGUGAGCUGGUUUGGAUGAGAAUCCCCCAUUGAGCAGCAUCAGCAGCAUCACGUUACUGGAAAAGGGGCUUCCAACCGUCUGAUAAUCUAAGGUAUUAUCCCUGAGAGCACGGCAGAAAUGGUGAAGUGAUUUGAUCUUUCCUCUUCGCCUCGUAAUUUAAUUUCGGGGAAGAAAAAUACAGAAUUAUUGUACCAAACUUGGGCGUGUCGAGGAGGCUCGCCGUCGUCGGAUGCGUGAUCAUUUUCUUUUUCUUUCUGAAAAUUGAAAUUUCAUACUGAAUCCUUGUAAUGAAAUGAAUAGAGCCCACAAUUUUUGCGAUC